CACACGAGCGCGCUGACAGCCAGAACAUCCUCUCCUGUCACGCGCGCGCGAUAACCACCAGCUCCCGCCAAACGCCUUCUGUCACAAUCUGCUGCAGUUACAGUUAUGUAUAUGAAAACAUGGAGCUGUCAAAGAGCGAAGAUUCUUCAGACAAUCGGAAGAGGUCAAAUGAGGCACAUGGCCGAAGUAAACAGCCUGAUGAGCACACAUCAAAAAUCACCAUGAAUAAUGGAUUUGUGAAUGAACACAAUACUGAUGAAAGCCCAUCCUCACUGCCUAAGCCAGAUAUUCUCUUUCCAGGGGUGAGUGACACACUCUCAGAAGGUCACAGACACCUCUGUAGCUCUGUUACAAGGAGCAAAACUCAUGAUUGUGUCAGAGGACUGGGACUGCAGCAAGCCAAGAACUCUGAAUACAAAGAUGGGACCAGCUGGCGCCAUCACCAGAAGCUGCUGACCAGUGUCAGCUUUCCAGGAUUUGAGACGCCUCUUAGGUUGCUUCGUGAAACUCAGGAUACAUCUGGCAGCAGUCAUGAAAUCGAUGAUUAUCGUAACCUUACACCUCAAGUGCCCUUUGUGCCCUGCAUAGGCAAAUCCAUUCCAAAAAGGAGGAGAUCUCUGAGGAAACCUAGGAAGGCCAUUAAGGAUUUGUUUGUUCACAAAAGUUACAAACACGAGAAAGCUACACCACCAAGUACACCAAGUCGUGUUUUUGGUGAAAAUGCUACAAUAUUAAUGCGGAUAAGAAAAGCAGCAAGACACAGAGAGUGUAGCACUGCAGGAAGCAGGUGUAAUGAUGAACUCAGUGAGACGCCCUCUGAUUCUUCCAGUGAAUCUGGUCCUAAUGUCUGCGAGGAUGCCGUCUCGUUAAAAAGCUUUGGAUCUCAGGCUGGUUGUGGUGAGAUAUUUGCUGAUGAUCUUGUAUCGCCUGAUGGGGUUCUUAACUCUCAGCAUGACAGAGUUGCUUGUGGAACUCCAAAGCAAAGUCCUACUACUUUGGGCAUCCAGGGAGGUACUGAGUGUCUGGCCUCUCCAGCCAACGCUGAGGUACUGGACAUGUUUGGGUUGUGGGAAACUUUGAACAGAACUUUGCUUUCAGAGCAAAGUUUAAAAGCAAUGGGACCAGCAACAAAACACACAGCACCGAUCACUAUAUCUCCUUCCACAACCAAUUCUGCAGAUAUAACAGUCAGUACACCCCAUCCUGUAGAGCCAGAGAUCAAGGAACUUAAUGCUAAAGUGAUGACACCCAAAAGUGACAACCAAGGGAACACCAGUGAUGAGGGCUACUGUGAUUACGUUUCUCCUGGUUAUGAGGACCACAGCAAAAGUUCCUUUUCUCCAGUGCAUUCCAGCAAGAUCCCUAGAGACACGUACAGUGGAGAUGCUCUUUAUGAGCUAUUCUGUGACCCCAGCGACGCAGAGAUAACCCCAAUAUGUGAUGAUGAGAUUGAUCUAACAGACAGCAUUGUUGGCCAGUGCAGUGAUCUUCCAUUAUCCAUGUACAGCUUCCGUGUUGGAGCAGAGGAGAAUCUUGCCCCAUCUUUGGCUCGGGACUUUGUUGGGCAGGAACUCCUGGAAAGUAAAUGGAUGGGGAAGGAUUGCUUACUAAAGCUUUGUGACACUGAGAUAUCUCUGGCUAUGGGUGUAGUUAACUGGCUAAACCAAAAGACAGACAAAAGCAACCCAUCAGAACUGAAAUCUUCACAGACGAGUGGUGAAGAAGGUGGGGAUUUAUGUCUGAGAUGCAAAAGUAAGUCAGAGAGGGUUAGAAGACCUCCAAGAAGAGUAAGAACUGUUAAUAGCAUUAGAGAUGCAGCUAAAUUCAAAGAGCCAAGUCAGCGAGGUGUACGUGUUCUGCCCUCAAAAUGUGAUACAAACACAGUGAUGUCAUCCCUGGACUCUCCUCAUAGUCAGCCCAAUACCCCAACAAGUGGCGUGUGUUUCAGGAUAUUCAAUAUCGGCUCUCCUAUGACUCCAGGUGGAGAUUUGCAGUCCCCGGUGGUAAGCUCCCCUGGCUCUGGGACAAGGUCUUUGUUUGUGUUGGCCAUAAACAAGGAAUCUCUUUGUGAAUCUUGCAAGAGUUCCCUGAAAAACGGAGCGAAAGACUUGCACCUGUGCCGUUCUUGUAUGUCCCUCAUUGAGCACAUCAAGACUUCAGACCUUUGGGCCCGUUCCAGUUUUCCCAAGUCCACUCUAACUCCACAGCCAAUUACCCAAGACUUACUAUCUCCCGCCAGCACAUGUGGAAUAGGAAGUGACAUCAGUAUAGCUUCCCUUGUUGAGCAGUGUGCCAGUCAGUUUUCUUCUAUGAAGAUCAACAUGACUCAAGCUCACCCAAGAGAGAUAAGAGAUGCUGUUGUGCCUGAGCAGGUGGUAAAAAGGAACAAAGACCACUCUCAGAAAUACCUAAAGUCAACGCACAAGAGAAGGCCAGUGGCAGCUACAGAGAAAGGCUUGCAUGCUAGACACCGCUUGAGUAGAUCUAGCUUUUCUGAAGAUGUGAAACGUUCUCUUUUGGAUGCUGGAGGACUUGGCUUUGUCUCUACCAGUCCUUCUAAUGAUUUGGUAUUGGAAACAUACACUCCAUGUACUGUUGAAUCUGUUGACACGGAUGUAUCUCAAGCAACCAGGCCUACAUCUCUUCCUCUUGUGGCGUCUUCUGAAUUUUCUUGCAGAGAGGGCUUGAUGAAGAUAGAAGGGGGAAACUCAGCCAAGAAGACAAAUAAGUCACGACAUCGCAAGAAGUCUGCUGUGAAUCAUGAGGGAUCAUGCAGUGGCUUUCCAGGGGACAGGAAAGUGGAACGCAGAUCCAGAAUGAAGAAGGGAAACGUAUAAUAAACAGAUUUCUUUUCUUUCUGCAUCCCGACUGUCUUAAAGUGGUUUCUUCAGUCCAGUACCUCAGUCCUCCGGGCAGCUGACCUCUCUACCAGCUGUCAAACUCUUUAUCGUUCAUCCUCAAGAAAUCUGACAUGUUUGCUCUUUUUACAGUCAACUCAGCGACACUGUCAGCCUGGGAACAACAACAGGUCUGUUGAUCUGAAAAGUGACAUUUGUCUUAAACUGUCGUAUCAGUGUUUUUCACUCUCCAGAAGUGUUUCUGCAGUCACUGCUGUUUUUUUUUUUUUUAAACCAAGGAUCAAUGACUGUACAUACUGGUGCAAUAACUACAGUAUCACUUUAUUACUGUCAUAGAGACUAGCAAGAAAACAUAACUAUUUUAGGUAUUGUUAGAAAAGUGUCUAAUUCAUAUGUAAACGUAUAUGAUUUUUCAAAUAAGGUGUGCUACUAAAGCCCUAUUUCUCAUUGGGGAAUGAGCAAAUCAUGCUAAAAUGUACAAAUGAGAUUAUACAAGUUAUUAUUCAGCCACUUUAUCAGAAAAGUUAGGAAUUGCUGUGAGAUUGGAGGGACACAUUUAAAGCUGCUGUCUUAUUACAGAAACCUGGAAUUUGACUUACAUUGUGGGAAUUAAUUCUUUAGGCUGAUUUUACAUAUCAAAACAGUCUGACAAGCUAUUUGAAAAGCACUAUUCUGGAGUUUGGAAGCGAAACAGGCAAUUUCUUUAAAGGAUCAAGACAGCUGGAGACACAGCAAUGGAAUCAACUUUGCAUUUCCAUUUGUCCAAUUAGAGUUCAAAACAGAGACAGAUAAUUGUGUAUCAGUGAAUAAAUGAGGUAAAGUAGCCUUUUGAAAGAACGCCUCUGAUCUGGCUGAUGUGACCAGAAUUGAUGAGUGCAACCAAGAAAAGAGGCCAUUCAUACAUAUAGUAGGCCUCUUCACAAAGCAGGCAGGUGGCACUUUUACUCGUCUUUGUCCAUUUUGGAAUGCAAUUCUGCCAGUUCUGCCCCUUUCUCACGUGGUAAAUACUUCACCUCGGCUGCUGAGGUUGUUCUUGAACAGAAUUCCCAUGAACACUGCCGCUGUGGUGUGUGUGACUAUAAAACUAUAUAUACAGUAUGUAUCUAGCUUUAAGCAGACAGUGAUCUACUUGAAUAUAGACGUCUACACAUCUAUGUUAUGGUUAUAUUUGUUCAAAUUAAAUUGAACUGUUUAUUUAAAAUGUAUUUAUGCUAUUAUGGUGCCCCAUUAAUCAUUACUGAAUUUCUAUGGAGUGUGUAAUGAACACUGAUAAAGUUUUAAAGAUCAAAGUGCACCAAAUUAUAAAGUUAUGGGCUCCAAAAAAAAAAAAAAACA